GCGCAAAAAAAAACACAAAAAACGUAGCAGGUCACAUUCAAUUCAUCAGUCAUCAAGUGAAGGCGUUCAAGUGAAAAAAGUAUGAGUAAUAGAAAGUUUUUAAAUGUGCAUUUUUGUUCUCUGGUCACAGUAGCGUUAUUACUAUAUGUUUUCUUCAGCAAGGCAGAUGAUACAAUUUUAUUACGAGUUGCUUACUUGGAACAAAAGCCUUUUAUUUUUACAGUGAACAACAACACAAAAGGUGUAUUGGCUGACAUAAUGACGAAUGGUCAACAGCACUGCCAAACUGAAUCAUCAAGAGUUGAAAUUAGUUUUGUAAAAACGGCCUCAUCACGAAAAGAAUACAACCAAAUUUUACUACAGAAUAUUUCUACGCAUUUCAAAGAUAACAUUACCACAUUAUGGAGUCCAGUUUUGUUUUCAAGUGAAGCUAGUCAAGACCUGAUGAAAAUGCAACCUGACCACUUGCUCUAUCAAAUUAUGAUAUCAAAACACAUGGUAGUUGUUGUGCGAAGGUACAGAAUAGAACUACUCUUUAAAACAUGGCAAGGACUUCUGAAUAGCAGUCAGGUUGCCAUCGUGACCAUUCUAACUGCUAUUUGCGUUGGCAUUCUUAUUUGGUUUGUCGAACGGAAAAGAAAUCUUGAGAUAUCAGAGUCAUUUUUCAAAGGAGCACCAACUGGAAUUUGGUGUAGCUUAGUCACAAUGACUACAGUUGGAUAUGGAGAUGUUGUUCCGAAACACUUCAUAAGUCGUAUUCUUAUCAGUGCUUGGAUUCUUCUCGCUUUGUCUAUGGCUGCGAUACUUACAGCAACAGUUUCUGAGAACGUCUCAGGUGUAUCAGGAAUAGACAUAAAAAAUCAAAUGGUGGCAGUCUUGAGCAACUCAACAGAAGCACAUGUGGCGAAAAAAGUGUAUAACUCCAAACUGAUUCUCAAGGAAUCUUAUGAAGAAGUAAUCGAGUUGGUGCGUACUGAUUCAGUUUAUGCAGCAUUGUUAAAUGCAGAUGUGGCAGCUGCAAUGCAAAGUGAUAUCAUCAAUGAUAAAAAUGAAAAUCCACUUCGAAUUGUCAAACAAAUAAAAUAUGAUCAAGUUAUCUACUCUGCUGUACAAAAAGAUUUAAAUGGAGACAGUAGAGCUGGUGGGGUGAUCAGGUGCAUGAAUUAUGAAAACUACGACGAUGUAAUUGAGAAAGCUGCUUCUGAUAAUCAACGUUACUGCAAAAUUGAUGUCUUAUACAAUGCUAACGUCAGUGAUAUGUUUAAAGAGAAUAAAUUCACUUGGAGUUUAUGCAUUAUUAUUGGAGUGUUGAUUGUCGUUGGUAUAAUGUUGGAAAUUCAACUCAGAUUAAUUAAGGGGAAAAUUUCUUCGAAAGAGAAUAAGAAGACUGGGACAGCGUCAAUUAUAAGAGAAGAACUUCAUAGAGUUAAAAUGGAGAUUCUAAAUGAAAUCUAAUGUACUGUUGUGCCGUAUUUGUUUCAACAUUUUAGACUAAUAGUUAAGAUUUUUCUAAAAUCGUAAAUAAUCACAUGUUUUACUUUGUAUCUGUUUGCUUACACACUCGUUGAAGCAGAUGUAAAUUUUUGGUAUUAUAU